AUGGAGCUUACAAUGGAAAACCUCGGGAAUAUCCACGGCGCCAGCCAAGCCAGCGACCUGAUGAACAGUUCCCACAAUCGCCAGGCGUCUCACCGGAGCCUGGCGCCUCACGGCCGGCCUGCCAUGGUGUCCAGCAUGGCUUCUAUCCUGGAAGGGGGAGAGUACCGGCCGGAUCCGAGCCUGUCAGGCCCCCUGCACCCGGCAAUGAGCAUGUCGUGUGAGAGUCCGCCCGGGAUGAGUUUGAGCAGUACCUACACCACGCUGACCCCUCUGCAGCACCUGCCGCCCAUCUCCACCGUGUCUGAGAAAUUCCACCACCCUCACCCUCACCACCACCACCACCACCAUCACCAUCACCCCCCACACCAGAGGCUGCCCGGCAAUGUCAGCGGCAGCUUCACCCUCAUGAGGGACGAGAGGGGGUUACCUUCCAUGGGCAAUCUCUACAGCCCCUACCACAAGGACAUGGCGAGCAUGGGGCAGCCGCUGUCCCCCCUCUCCAACGGACUGGGCACUUUGCACAACUCUCAGCAGCCCCUCACCCCUUACGGCGGGCACAUGGCCAACGAGAAGAUCCUGUCCCCCAGCGGGUUCGAGUCCCACGCUGCCAUGCUGUCCCGGGGAGAAGAACACCUGGCCCGGGGACUGGCGGCUCCCGGAGCCGGCAUGAUGGCCCAUCUCAAUGGCAUGCACCAUCACGGUCACCACCACGGCCAGGCCAACGGCUCCCUGCUCUCCUCCGAGCGCGACCGCCAGCCGUCGGUGUCCGCCUCGCAAAGCGGCGGCUCCAACCAGGUCGAGGAGAUCAACACCAAGGAAGUGGCCCAGCGGAUCACCGCCGAGCUGAAGCGCUACAGCAUCCCGCAGGCCAUUUUCGCCCAGCGCAUCCUGUGCAGGUCACAAGGGACCCUCUCAGACCUGCUGAGGAACCCCAAACCCUGGAGCAAGCUCAAAUCCGGCCGGGAGACAUUCAGGAGGAUGUGGAAGUGGCUUCAGGAGCCGGAAUUCCAAAGGAUGUCAGCUCUAAGGCUUGCAGCUUGCAAGCGUAAAGAACAGGAGCAAAACCGAGACCGAGCCACCACUCCCAAAAAGCAGCGGCUUGUCUUCACUGAUCUCCAGCGCCGCACACUGAUUGCCAUAUUCAAGGAAAACAAACGGCCAUCCAAAGAAAUGCAGGUCACCAUUUCCCAACAGCUGGGGCUGGAGCUCAACACAGUCAGCAACUUCUUCAUGAACGCCCGCAGACGAAGCAUGGACAGAUGGGUGGAUGAACCGUCUACCACCACCGGGCCACCAGCGUCAGCUGCAAGCACUUUUACAAAAGCGUGA